AUGAAAAGCAAAAGCGGUUUUCAUUCGUUCUCAACCUACGCAGAGCAUCGCUCGGCACUGUACAACCUUUUUCGCGACUACCAUUGUAUCAUGACUCCUCAGCUAGAGCGCGAGCUGAGCUGUCAUUUUAAAGGCUUGCAACAUCGAAUUGCGGGUACAAUUAGCAGUGGGAAUGGCUCGAUUAAGGUUGGCAAAGAUCCAAUGACUUUCGGUCUCUACCGUAGCAUUGCAGCGGAAAUGAUAAAAUCUUCGUCGCGCGAGAUGAUGUUCGCGCGAGCGUUUCUCCUGAUGUCAUGGAACCUAAUAUCUCGAGCCGCAAAUACAGUAUCUCUAUGCUACAGCCACAUGGAGUGGGAUGAAGAUGCCCUAAAAGUAUUUUUCGCCCACGUGAAAAACGACUCGCCCAAGAGAUCCUCGGCACAUAUACGCAAACCCCCUGAUGCCUGA